UUUUCUUUUAAAACACAAAUUAAAUAAAUUGAGCGAAAAGUAAUGUAUCAUAAUUGAAAACGAAUGUAUUUCGUGUCUGGUAAUUCUUGAAAUCCUACCUUUGAAAUCUGGUAACUUAAAAAUACCAUUGCGAAGAGAGCAGAAGAGAGAACGAUUCUUUGGCGCCAAAUUCACUAAUGCGGGCUGCGGCGUGCUCGGCGUGCUUUAUUGUGGUUACUUGGUUAGUUUGUAUGUAUACAGAAUAAAGGUUAAGCCAAACAUUUUUCGGAGUUAAACAAUUAAUUACUUCGCAUCGCAUUAAAUUAACAUGGUGACACGAUUGCACGUCAACGGCAAAGAUCUAGCUGAUCGAGACGGGUCCGAGUUGCAUUUCAUGCCGUGUAAAAUUCAUGGGGACGAAGCUGCGAAUGUUUCCUCCUUUUUCAAGCCUUACGUUUGCAGGGUAGAUGAGGAAUACUACGAGUGUUCCUUCCGUGGCUAUCCGCUUCAAGGGAAAAAGGUAGCCGUACCUGCUGAGUACAAAGGCAUGAUAUUUAUGGAGAACAAAAAGGCAGAUGUGGAGAAUAAGGAGAGGAAUUUGUAUUGCACGGGAACCUUUUCGCAGUUCACGUAUUGGAAUUAUGACAGAAUACCAUCCAAGAAUGACGCUUUCGCGGCAGCCUUAGAUUGGGUCGACAUAGCUAAAGUGUUACACUCGCCAGAAACAUAAACGGAAAAAGAGAAUUACUUUAACAGGAUAUGAGAGAGAAUAUAUGUGUGCUCUUGUCGGAUGUCAUAUUUUUAUACUUCUACAGAAAAGAGAGAUAAUAAAGGCACAUAUUUUGUAUAACAGAUUUAUUUUUACAGCAUCAUAGUUUAGAUGAUUACGCCACAAAUAAUGACCAUGUAAUCUAUGAUUAAAAUGCGUAGAGAGAGA